AAAUUUAUACAGCUGGUGAAAUAUGUCUCAUCGUUCUGUCUCAUUGUUCAAUCUGUGGCUAGUCAGUCUUGUCCGUUCGGUAGCCGGGCAAGACUCCGUGAAAACGACGUAAAGAAAUACGUUACGAUGUAAACGGGGCAUCAGGUGUUGUUUGAAGAUCACCAUUUAAAAUAAUGCAGAACUUAAGUGCGCAUUUUGAAACAUAACCCUUGAUUCUAGCUACGGCAGCCAUGUAGCAACUAUGUUACCAAAUUGGAAGUUAUGGUGAGAGUGUUUAUUUGUUGCUUCCACCAUAUAUCUAACGCAGUAUAGACUAAGGAAAAUAGAUGUUUAAUAUUUUGCUGCUAUUUUUUUCCUGGACAGCACAGUAGUCUAUUUAGUAAAGGAAAUAGGCUUAUGUUGAUCGUUCUAUUCUCUGCAUGUUGACCCGAUUAUGCACAACGGUGUGCAGUAGCAAUAGCCAGUUUCUCCUGGAACAUGGGAUCUAAUGGAACCGUGGAAUGCUACAGGUAGCAGCAGUGUUUGUAGAUGGUCGUACAGUUGGAGACUUUUAAUUGUCUUUUCCUUGGCCAGAGAUACUAGGACAAUAUCAAACGUGGAUUUCUACUUUUGUACACAUUUUGCUGGAAGGAUGAAAGCUAUGAAAAGCAACCAUAUCAAUGCUUUGCAUACAGAGCUUUUUCUUUUGCUUUGACAUCAAUUGUUAUUACACUAGUACGCCUGUAGCCACCACACUUCUUUCACACAGCCAACCUGGAAAUUAACAGUUGUACAAAGGCGUUGCCCAACCCUAACAUUGCAAACAGCUCAGAGCAAACAUCCCCUUUUACAUAAGAUUUGUUAAAUCAUUGUUGAGACCUGAAUCUUUUUUUUUUAAACUUUUCUUUUUACUCAACACUACAAUACUCAUCUUUAUCAAUGCCUCGAUGGAAAGCUCUGGCGAGCCAGCAUUUACGGUGGUCCAGCCCUGUUGCCCAAGGACUAGUUUUAUGUAUCAUAACGUUUGGCAUCGUACUGCCGUUGUGCUGCCACAGGCUACUCUAUUCCUACUACUACAUUAAAUCGAUGUACUUGAAUGACAUGAGCGAUCAGUUUCUAGCGGAGAGCUACGAGAGAGGGCAGGAGGCUUUGGAAUUCUGGGCGGCAUCACGGUCUACCACCGGGUCGGCUGGCUUUUCCAACAUCGCUAAGGGAUCCGAGCUAUUGAUCACUGUGGUAACGGCCAGGCGAACGGAGGGCAAGGAAUUUCACUACCUGCUUCAAGUGAUGCAGCGGCUGGUGUCCCUCCUGAGAGGAUGCGGCGAGGGGCGGCGUUGCGCUGAAGUGCUGGUGUGCGAUGUGGAAAGCGGUCCCCUGGACAACGAGGAUGCGGCGCUACUGGAGAGCCAGUUCCUGGUGGUGAGGAGGUCCCUGGAGGAGCAGGGGAAGAACCAGGCUCACGCCAAUACCUUUGAGAGGGAGAAGAGGGACUAUGUCUACUGUCUACGCAAAGGAUGGGAGCUGGCAAGGCCCAAAAACUUGAUAGUCCUCGAGGACGACGCACUACCCAGGGCGGACUUCUUUGCCGUGAUCCGAGAUUUGCUCUCGCGGCGCUUCGCCCUCCACACUCUCUACGUCAAGCUCUACCACCCGGAGAGGCUGCAGCGCUACUGGAACCCCGAACCCUACCGCAUCCUGGAAUGGGUGGGACUUGGACUAGUCGUGGCUACCGCACUCCUACUAAUCCUUAGUCACGGUGCACCUUUCUCUUUCUCCCUCUCCACCACCCACCUCCUCUUCCUCACCUUGUACAUCAUGGUUGCUGUAGAGCUGGCCGGUCGGCAUUACCUACUCGAGGCACGGCGCUUCUCGCCGCAGCUCUACGCCGUGUCCCCGGCGACCGAGUGCUGCACACCUGCCAUGCUGUUUCCGGGUAACUCAUCACUCAGGGCGGCGGAGUACCUGGAUGGAUCAUUCUGCGUCAAGGGCAAUGCUAAGGACAUGGUUCUGUAUCAGAUGGCUCGGACUAUAACCGGAGAGAGAGCGCACAGCAUAGAGCCCAACCUGGUCUCCCACAUCGGGGCUUUCUCCUCAGUCAGGGCCAAUCCAUCUAGGCCUAGACUUCUUUGAGGAACAACUGAAAAGAGAUUUGAGGCUACGUCCCAGAUUGCACUGUAUUCCCUAUAUAGUGCACUAUUAGGGCCAAUAGAGCUCUGGUCAAAAGUAGUGCAUGUAGGGAAUAGGGUGCCAUUUAAUCAGGGUUGGAGACAAUUCCAUUUCACCUCAGGAAGUUAACUGAAUUGAAAUGGAAUUUACUCCAAUCCUUUGAUAAAUAUUACUGAAUAUCACCAUACAGGGUUACCUAACACUCCAUAGGGAUACAUAUCACUAUGCUAGCAUCCCUGACAUAUACCCAAAUCCAACCAAUGGUGCCUGUAAUGAGAGUCCUUGAUGGAUAUUGAAAGUCUCUCCUGCCUACUGUAAGAUUUUACCCAUGUAAAUGGAUCUAUUUAACCCAUCUAGGCAAGAUCUAUUUCUCUUAUGCAAUAUUUGGGUACACUCCACACACAUUGGGUACACUUUGGAAUACAGUAUGUUCUAUGUUGGCAUAACCAUGUACUGCAUAUCCCCUGAAGGUUCAAAAGAGAUGUAUCAUGUAAAAUACCAAAACGUGUUGCUGUAGUUGUUGAACUAAGGCUAAUAGGUUGUUAAAAUCUAAUUUAACCAUUGGACAAUGGCAUUAUUGCUGUAAUGUGACACUUUGAAUGUCUGACACUUUGAAUGUCUGAAAGAAAAACAAUUAAAUAUAUGAAGAUA